CCCCUUCUCCCAAAGUGCUUCGGUCCAGCUCGGGUGACGUCACCUUUCAGCUGUUGUGGGAAGAGCAAGCGAGGUGUUGGCGAGUUUGAAUCGAGUGCGAAGUAGUGGAGAAGUGGGAUGCGCGGGUGCUGGUUGUGGCUGGAAUAUGCGGGCUGCUGCUGCUGGAAUGGGUUGGAGGAUUAGUGAUGUGCCCACACAGCCGCCCCCUGGCAUUGCACUGAUUUGCUCGUUGGACUACAACACCCUACAGCUUCCUAGGAAAAGUCUGUUCCACUGAAAACUUUCCCCAAGUGCCGCUUGACGAUCCCCACCCCCUCUGCCUUCUCCUGGUCCCCUGGCUGCCGGAGGAAGUGACAGUUUUGUGCGAGGAGACCUUCCAUCCCCAUCCUGCUGUGACCUGGGCCAUCCAUUCAGCAUGUGAUGGAUGUUGUGGAGAUUUCCACCACCUAGGAAUUAACGUUUUAGCUGCAUGUAAAAGAUGAAUAACUUUUCCUCUCCUGGACAUGCUUACUUAACACCAGAUUCAAAGAUGGCAUUUGAUCUAUCGUCUGUUGUCCCACCGGACAUGCUGCAGCACAUCGAUAAUCGGACAGUGGACACUGGUCAAGAUGAAACUUAUGAGGGCUUCUGUAGCUUGGAAAGUGAACGGCAUUAUGAUGUGGUUCCCACAGUUGUCUGCUCUCUGUGCUGCCUCUUUGGGCUGAUAUACACCUUUUUUGGCUAUCGAUGUUUCAAAGCCAUUAUGUUUCUAUCUGGUCUGCUGGCUGGUUCGGCGGUCAUUUUUUUACUUUGCUAUAAGGAGCGGAUCAUGGACACACAGCUGAGCCUAGAGCUCAGUGCGGGCAUAGCCUUGGGCAUCGGCCUCCUCUGUGGACUGGUCACAAUGCUUGUGCACAGUGUGGGUCUCUUCAUGAGUGGACUUUUACUGGGACUUCUGCUUGCCGUUGCUUCCUUGGUAGGCCUUGAACAGUUUUAUCACCCGCCCACUGCCUGGAUUCCAGUGGGACUGAUGAUGAGUUCUGCUAUGCUUUUUGCUGUACUGACUCUCCAGUGGCAAAAGCUUUUUACAGUGGUCUCUACUGCAACCUUUGGAGCAGCAAUCUUGACUGUGUGCACAGAUUAUUUCAUAGAGCUGAUGCUGCUGGUACAGUAUGUGUAUGACUGCCUUCGCUUAGAGACCUCUCACCCCCUCUGCUGGUAUAGCUGGGUUGUCUUGGGCAUGUGGCCGGUGCUGAGCAUCUUGGGAAUUGUAGUUCAGUGGAAGCUGACAGCUGAGGGCUUCUCUCAUACUGAUGUCAUAAUAAGUAGACGUCAGAAACGCCUCCAGCUCUUGCGAAUUCGGCAGAAGGAUGCCAAGAAAAAGCAAAGUGUUGCUUCUCAAGAAGGCACUUACCGUCGAAAAGCGAACCCUAUGAAAAGAUAUACUGGAGAUAUACUUGCGCCGAGUUACCUGCAGAGCCUGAGAGAGCGGCAGACUGGCACAGGCACGUCCAUGAGCAGCCUGAGCACCAACAUGCAGACGAUUGUAGAUAUGGACUACGAGUGUGGCUCCACUGUGCCACUCACUGCCACUACUCCUGUUAUUCAUGUUUAAGCUGGAGCCUUUGCCCAUGAUCCUUUGCCACCAGGAACCACUUCAGUGACUUUUUACAAAACUGCACUGUUUAUUCUGUGCCUUAAAAAAAUCUACUUAUUUUUGUGUGCCACAUUUGACACUGCUGGAAAAUCAAAGGUCAACAGCAUGGAACUGACUAAAUUGUGUUGUUUCCUGGUCUGGAUACUUAUGUACUGUAUAUAGUGGGUAUUCAGAAAAGUAAGCUGGAGGCCAUAGGUGGUGUCUUUCAUGGUGCUAAACCAGAUGGAAGUUUUUUGGAAAGACAACAUGACCUUUAGUAUAGUACAUAUCUUUGUAAUUCUCUGCAUCUUUAAUGAAACAAUAAUUAUGUAAAAUGAUAGUGUGUGUUCAUCUGUGAUUACAUAUACAGCAUAUAUUAUACACAGGCAGUGUACAUGGAACAUUAUAAAUAGAUAUAUAUAAUGCACAAGUUGAUUAAAUUGUUGAUACU